UCUGUUGUAGUUACUUCGAAUAUUGGGUAUUGCACAGUGUUUAAAUGCUCUUCUAAUCCUAAAACUCUAAGGUUGGUAAGUUCAUAUACAGAAUUAGAUAUUUCUUAUAGGAAUUAUCUAGAAAAUAGUUGUCUUCCGAAUUAUCUGAAGGACAGCUGCCCCAAGCCAAAUACCGGGGAUGUCUUUCAAGACAUCCUUUCGACUUUCCAUUUGAUAGUUACGUCGACGUGUCUUAUUACUGACAAGUGGGAGCCAAGCGCAGACAUCAAAGAUGGGGACGUGUUUAAUUUCGUAGUGGUCGGUGCAGGAACUGCCGGUUGUGUUGUAGCUAAUCGUUUGAGUGAAGUUAAAUCAUGGAAAGUUUUAUUGAUAGAAGCUGGCGGCGAUCCUCCCAUAGAAUCUUACAUACCUCCAUAUGACCGAUCACUACAAAAAUCUGAAGUCGAUUGGCAGUACAAGACUGUUCCAACAGGAAGAACUAAUAGCGCAAAUGUUGGAGGAAGGCUAGACUGGCCUCGUGGUAAAAUGCUCGGUGGAUCUGGUGCAAUCAAUGGUAUGGUGUACUUUAGAGGUAUCGCUAUUGAUUUCAAUAAAUGGGCCGAUCUGGGUAAUAAAGAAUGGUGUUCUGAUAUUGUUUUUAAAUAUUAUAAAAAAUUGGAAAGUCUUCAAGAUCAAAAGUUGUUACGAAAUCCUUUUAUACGAGAUUUUUAUGGAUUGAAAGGACCUCAGGUUAUUAACACUUUUAAUAGGACUGAUGAGGAACUUGUUAAAAAAAUUCUAGUGUCAUACAAUCAGAUAGGUUUAGAAACACGCGAAGACCUGCAAUUAGCUAAUCUUCUAGGAUCAGGAAUCACUAGAGAUACUGCUUAUAAUGGAAGAAGAGCCAGUACGGCUACUACGUAUUUGAGUCAAAUCCAACACAGGGAAAAUUUUAAAAUAUUAAAAAAUGCUUUUGUUGUACAGAUAAUGUUAGAUAGUCAAUCCAAAGUUUACGGAGUAGUAGUAAAAUACAAAGGUAAAGAAAUAAAAGUAUUUGCUAGUAAUGAAGUUAUUAUUAGUGCAGGAUCUGUCAAUUCUCCACAAUUGUUAAUGUUGUCUGGAAUCGGAGAGAAAAAACAUUUGGAAUCUAAGAACAUAACUUGUAAAGUAGAUUUACCAGGAGUAGGUAAAAAUUUACAAGAUCACCUUACAAUAAAUUUACCAAUUUUUGGUACUUUACCUCGUUCUCAGAGUCGAAUUGAUGAAUAUUUAAAGUUUGCGCUUUACUCUUAUAAUCGUACCGGUCUUUUAGCACAAUCAGGUUUUCCUCAUACACUAGCAUUUUAUUCGAGAAAUAAAAAUGCUACAAAUCCUGAAUUCGAAGUCCAUUUGGCUAAUUGGUAUAAAAAUUCAACCGAAGCCAAAAACUUUUUUUCGAUGUUUAAAAAACCGAUUUAUCAAAAAUUUGUACAAUUAGUUGAAAAAUAUGACACAAUUGUUUUUCAAUUUAAUCUGUUAAAUCCAUAUUCCCGUGGAAAUAUAUAUUUAAAUACCAGCAAUCCAUACGAUCAUCCAUUGAUUUAUUCAAAUUAUUUAGAUGACGAAAGAGAUAUUAAAGCAGUCGUAGAGGGAAUACUUAUGCUGACUAAUAUUACAGAAACCGAUUUCUUUAAAAGUAUUAAUGCAUUCCAUGCAAGAUACAAUUGGCGAAAAUGUAAUAAAUAUAAAAUAAACAGUUAUGGUUACUGGAGAUGUUUAGCUCCAGAAAUUGUGGCGACAAUUUACCACCCGGUGGGUACAUGUACGAUGGGGCCGGAUCCAAGUUCAGCAGUGGUGGACAGUCGUCUGCGCGUGCACCAUGUCAAAGGGCUGCGAGUUAUCGACGCCAGUAUAAUGCCCAAUAUCACAAGUUGCAAUACUAACGGACCUACCAUCAUGAUUGCUGAACGUGGCUCUGAUUUGAUAAAAGAAGAUUACGGUAUUAUAGAGAAAAGUGCAAAUUAACAGCAAAACUUUCCAAUUCAUUAUCUUAGCAUAUCUAUAGAAAUAGACAUAUGAACUAGGUGAGGUA